UGCGAUGGUCUGUGGGCGCGGGCAAAGUGUGGCAGGUGAGUGACGGUCCCCUCCAUUACGCCCACACCCUCGCCCACGCCGUGCUGAGGUGGUCCAACGCCGCCCGCAGCACACACACCGUCGGCUCGGAGCACAGCAUUCAGGGGCAGAUGUUCCCGGCUGAGAUUCAACUCUAUCUUUACAACAGCGACCUCUAUGCCAACUUCACCCACGCCCUUGACAAGCCUAAUGGAAUCCUGGGCGUGGCUCUACUCCUCAAGGUGGGAUGGCGACCCAACCCUGUGCUGAAAAUUUGGAUGGACCACAUCCACAUGGUUCCACAUAGAGGAAAAUCUACAGUGAUCCCCUUCGUGCCGAUAAGGGAGCUGUUCACCUCCCCGAUGUACCUCACCUACGAAGGGUCCCUCACCGAGCCGCCCUGCGAGGAGACGGUCACCUGGGUCAUCCUCAACAAGCCAGGAUACAUCACGGCAGACCAGUUGUGGCACCUGCAGUCCCUGAGGCGAGGCAACCACGGCCAGACGCUCCCCAUCACAGGAAACUUCAGACCACUCCAGCCCUUAAACACGCGGGCCAUUCGAACCAACAUACCUCCGUACUCCCUUGGUUGUUCGACUGUAAAUACAACUAGUCUAUAUCAAGCUGUUGAUCUGACGGGCAGGUGACGAGUUGGUCUUCCAGCGCCGCCCCUCCACUGCCUACGUCACGCCAGCCACACCCAGGAUGUCACUACAAUGAGGAAGUUUCCCGUCCAGACAACACAUCCCAGGAUAUCUGCCCCCCGACCCCUGACCAUCCCCCUUGCCCUACUCCCAGUCAAGUUGUGAAGCGCAUAGUUUGUCGUGUAACGCGCCCCCUCCUCUCUCCUCUCGUUGUCCCCUUUCCCCACCCCUCCCUCCCUCUAUCCCCGCCAUGUCUAGUCUAAUUCUCUCUUUAAGCUGUUCGUUCAUCUUCAUUUUUCUGCGUCGUUUUCUUCCGUUCCAGCCAGGCCACUAACACCUGCCUGGGUUUCACUAUGUAUUAAGUCAUUUUUAUUUCUCCUCCUCUUUUCCUGUUCCUAUUACGUUGGUUUCCUCGCUUUCCUCUCUCUCUCUCUCUCUCUCUCUCUCUCUCUCUCUCUCUCUCUCUCUCUCUCUCUCUCUUUUGUCUUUUUAUUUCAUAUUUCAGCAAGAACGAAAUAUUAAAGUUGCGAUUUCGUUCUACAUAUAUUAAGGCCUCUUACGUGUUCUGUUUCUCUUUUUCAUGCAUUCAAUUUUCCCUUAGUUUCUUCUUUAAUUCUCUCUCUCUCUCUCUCUCUCUCUCUCUCUCUCUCUCUCUCUCUCUCUCUCUCUCUCUCUCUCUCUCUC